UGCCCACUUGCUAAGGGACGGAUACUCAGGGUGCAGAGGGAAUUUUUUUAAACUUAGCCAACGGGAUUAUUUGCUUCGAUAAUCAACGAAAGGCUGGAGCAGCAGGGCCCCGGGGGCUACAGCAGAAGCCCGGAACGCGCCUAGGCUUAGGGAUCACGGGAGGCCUUCGCACUAGCUACCCACAAAGCACCACAACUACUUCCGUCUUCCCGUGAAUUUCGGCCCGCGGCGUCGGUGGCGUCAGCGCGCCCGACUACUGUGGACUACGGCUCCCAUGGGGUCGCACGCAGAGCGCAAGCGCAGAGACGGCGCGCAGCCUUCGGCGCGAGUUCCGAGUGCAUCCCCCGCAGCAGCGCACGCGCACAGGGAAAGCAUGCCGGACGGCGCAGCCCCCGCGGUCCCGGGUCUCAUCCGGCUGCAGCCGAGCUCCGUGCGAGCCGCGGCGCAGACGCCGCUGCACCUGCUGCCGUGCGAGAUCCAACACAACGGACCCGCCGCCGUCAGUCGCUUCUUCAGCCCGGCCAUCCGGCCGGGGUCCUCAGGGCCAGUGGUGUCCUUCAGGGGCCGCAGCCUGCACGGAGAAGAGGUGACACUGCCCUCUGGCUACAUGGGGCUGGUGCUUCGGGAAGACAAGUCUGAGGGGCCAGAGGAUCGGACCGUCCAGGCCAUUGGUACCUUUAGCUGCUUUACACUUUGGGGCCUGGAGGCCCCCCCAGGGCCAAAUGCCAGGAUGCACAGAGCCCUGAGCUGGCCCAGCCUGGCCACUGCUAUCCAUGCGCCUGUGGCCGAGGAGGACGACUGAAGAAACAGCUGGAGCCCAAACUUUGUGUCCAUCUACACCCCAUCCCCCAGAUAAAAUAAAAGUUUUUGGAAACUGUG